UAUAAUCCUGAAAAUGGAGCGUCCCGAAGUCUACAACAUCGACAAUAUCGCAUUCCUGCUUUUCCUCUUCCUAGGCACAUAUGCUUUUGUGGUGAUCAUCUACCGUCUUUAUCUAAGUCCGCUAUCUAGGUUUCCUGGCCCUAAGAUUGCAGCCGUGACUUGGUUAUACGAAUUCUAUCACGAUGCGAUUCGAGGAGGGCAAUAUGUCUGGGAAAUUGAGAAGAUGCAUCUACGCUAUGGCCCCAUAAUCCGAAUCAACCCAGAAGAACUCCAUGUCUCGGAUCCAGACUUCUACUCUAUUCUCUACUCGCAGCAACAAAAACGCAACAAAACCAUCAUAUAUAGCAAACAAUUCGGCACACCGGACGCUGCUAUCGGGACUGUUGAGCAUCAUGUUCAUCGUAUGCGGCGCGCAGCGUUGAAUCCGUUCUUUUCCAAAGCAGGCGUGUAUCGUCUUGAGAGUGUCGUUCAGGAAAAGGUAGAUUUGAUGCUGGAUAAAUUGUGGGAGUUUAGGGAGUCGGGAAAGUUAAUUCCGCUUAAUGCGAUGUUUGCUGCUUUUACGAAUGAUGUCGUGAUGGAGUAUGCGUUUGCCAGAUGUGACAAUCGUCUCGAACAUCCUGAUUUCGACGCUUUGUUUCAUGAGAUGAUGCUUUCUUUUAGCGUUCUUUGCCAUUGGACAAAAUAUAUGAAUUGGAUCUUGAAGCUUGGUCACUCGAUUCCACUCUGGUUAGCUAAAAGGCUGGAUGAAGGCAUGGGAAAGAUAGUUUCCUUUCAAACGAGCAUCGCCCACCAAAUCCAAGACAUCCAAAACGGCACCGACAAGAGCCACGAGACUGUUUCGCACAAGACCAUCUUCCACGACAUUCUCAGCAGCAACCUUCCGGAGUCUGAAAAACGCCUUGAUCGUCUCGCGCAAGAAGGCCAAGUGAUCGUGGGAGCCGGCACGGAGACAACUUCGUGGGCCCUCACCGUUGCGAUGUUCCAUAUCCUCGAAAACCCAUCUAUCCGCCAACGGCUCGAGGAUGAGCUCCGAUCAGUGAAAUUGAACCCGGAUAAUAAUCAUGAUGAUAAUCAUAACCAGAAGGACUCACCCAAACUCUCAGACCUAGAACGUCUCCCAUACCUCACAGCAUGCAUCCAGGAGUGUCUCCGACUUUCAUACGGAGUAACAUCUCGCUUAGCGCGCGUCGCGCCAGAUCAAGUCCUCAAGAUUGCCGGAUACGACAUCCCACCAGGAACUUCUGUCGCGAUGUCAUCUGUCCUAAUCCAUCGAGAUGGAAAUAUAUUCCCAGAACCAGAAAAGUUCCGACCAGAACGAUGGCUUGAAAACCCUAGGCUUGAUCGGUAUCUAGUUGCGUUUUCGAAGGGGAGUAGACAAUGUCUGGGUAUUAAUCUCGCGUAUGCGGAGUUGUAUAUGGCUCUGGGAGGAAUAUUUCGGACCUUUGCGCAACGGGAAGAGGAUGAGAAGCGGUUAGUUCUCUAUGAGACUAGUAGUGAGGAUGUUGAGGUCGUGGGCGAUAUGUUUAUACCGGCUGUGAAAAAGGGGUUUAAGGGGGUUAGGGCUGUUUUUGAGAGGAUUUGAGUGAUGGAUAGGUAAUAAGCACUCGGAACGAGCUUUGUGGACAGUGAAACACUGCUAGCUAUAUUUG